UUUUAGUGGAAAUACAUUGUAUUCCAGUUUUCCACCCCUUAGGGUUAACUUGGCUGCAAAUAUAGAUAAAUUUCUUAGUAAUUUGAAUAACAUUAAACUUAUAUAUAAUUCUCUACGGUGAUGGAAAAUAUAGCAAUUGAUAUUCAUCGGAAGUUUUUGAACAUUAACGUAGCAAUUCUGAGAUAUAGUGGUGUUUGGCCACUUUUGCCAUCAGCCAAAGCAGGUUGGAAAGUGCUGAAUUCUAUUUUCAGAAUCGUAAAUUUCGUAUUUUUCAUAACAUUUUUAAUGGCUGUGGCUGCUGAUGUGGCGGAAAAUUUCGACAGCUUAGAAAUAGUUGGGAACGAUGGAUGCUUUUUUAUCGGAACUACUAUGGCUGUUAUGAAAGCAUGUAAAUUUUGGAAUUCAUACAACAAAAUAAUUAAGUUAAUCCACGAAGUUUAUGACCCGAUAGACACACUCAUAAGAAGCUCUGAUCGCGGGAUACUUAUUAAUAUAAAGAGAAGCCAUUUUGAAGAGUCUAUAGCUCACUAUGGGUUUUGUGUUCUCUGUACAUUAUUUGCUUUUUGCAUUUUAUUUUUGAUUCCCCGCGAAAAAGGAUCUUUACCAUUUCGAACAGUUUAUCCAUUCGAUGUUACCAAAUCACCAUACUAUGAGCUGAUAAUGGUUUAUCAAUAUUAUUGCUUGGUUUACCUUUUGGCCGUCGUUCUUGCGAUGGAUAUAACUACCAUAGGAUUUAUAAGAUGGUCAGCUCUUCAACUGAUUGCUUUGACAUCAAAUUUUAAAAACUGUAACGUUAAAUUAUAUAAAUGUACAGUGAUAAUAAAAGAGCCAGCUGAUACGAUGAAAAUUUUUGAUCAAAUUGACAAGCUCGAAAUAACCUACAAUGAUUGGGAAGUGAAACAAUAUUUGUUUUUUGAUUUUGGUGAAAGAGCCUUUGAGGAUUCGUUUUCAAGGCGGUUCAAAAUUUGCAUUAAAAACCACCAAAGACUUGUCAAAACGAUCUUUAAUCUCAAUGGGACAUUGAGUUUUUUGAUGCUGGUACAGUUUGGAACCAGUACUUGUAUCAUUUGUCUUAAUGGCUACCAAUUAAUUUUAAAAGGAGGAAAUCAAGCAGAUCUCGCUAAAUUUUUAUCAUACUUAGUAUUAAGUUUUGCCGAAUUGUUUUUUUGGUGUUGGUACGGAAAUGAAUUCACCUCUGUCGCGGACACUCUUACCUACAAUCAAUGGAUGUCUGGUUGGGAAGAAUUUACUCGAGAGCAUGACCUCGGGGACAGAAAUGAGCUAACUAACCUAGUGACUCUUUCAAUGAUUCCCGCUAUGAAACAGCUAGAAUUCAAAGCAGUUGGUCUGUUUAACCUAUCAAUGCCUACAUUUUUAUCGGUUGUGAAGAGCUCAUACUCGAUCCUACUUCUUCUAGACCAGUUUACAGAAUAAUAAAAAUCAACAAUUAUGAUUUUAAUGACUCCAACUCAUAAAGUUAUAGACUAUUUGUUUAGUAUUUUAAAUCUUUGAAUUCAAAAUCAAAGUUUUAAAUAGUUCAAAUACUAAUUUACGAUUUAAUUGUUUUAAUCAUUGUAAUCAUACGAUAAUCAUCACUCAUCUCAAAGCACAUCAAUAAUUGUUAUGUUAAUCCAUAAAUAAACUAUUUUUUUUAUUCUAACACAAAUACUCGCAAUAUCACUGAGGUAAUAUAUUGUCCCAAAUUAAAUUCUGAAAAUAUAAUAUAUUUCUCAUAGAAAUUUCAUUAAUCAUUCUAUUUAUUAGUAAAAUUAUAAUUAGAUUUUACUUACUAUGCCAGAUGCUGAGUAUAAUUUUAAAGAUCUGACAAUUUUCCAAAGGAAAUUUGUUUCUUCCUUGUCCAUGGCACAAUACUAAGGAAUGCAGAAAUGGAAGGCUAGGUCGUAAAUCGUUGCGACACUUUCGAGAUCCCUAACCUGUCAAACAGUCUAAUCUUGACCUGGGAACUCUCAACAUUUUUGAAGUAGGCGAUGAACAAAAAUUCAAAUCAAAUACAUUUAAUCCAUCACCGUGUUAAGGACCGCAUAGAAUGAAGAUGCCUUCUGCAGCACCUGGAUGACAAUCAACAAUCAGUUUAUAGCUCAAUAAA